ACUUGUUAUUUGUCACAACCUCAUUAUGACAUAGCAAAAACAUACAACAACUUUUCAUUUUCAUUGUUAAAGUAGUACUACUAUUUUUGGUUGCAUAAAUCUAAUUCAUCACUCUUCCCUUUAAUUAAAUUUGAACACAAGCAAGCUAUCUAGCAUGUCAAAGUUUGAUCCUUAUGAUCAUCUCAAUGUGUUGCUCAACAAAGAUGGAACUUUAACUCGUCUUAUUGAGGUUCCUACAAGCCAAGCCACUGGUGAUAAAGAUCAACUCCCUGGCCAAGCUGUUGUUAGCAAAGACAUCACUUUAAAUGAAGAAAAGACAACUUGGAUGAGACUUUAUCGUCCAACCAAAUUGCCUUCCAACGACAAAUCUAUCGCUAAACUUCCCAUCAUUGUUUAUUUCCGUUCAGGAGGGUGGAUUCACUUCAAUGUAGCAACUUGCAUGAUCCAUGAAAGUCUUAACCAUCUUUGUAGUGAAGUCCCCUCCAUAGUUGUGGGGGUGGAAUAUGGUCUAGCACCCGAAAACAAGCUCCCUACCCAGUACCACAACGCGGUGGACGCCCUUCUUUGGAUCAAGGACCAGGCGUUGGAUCGCGUUAAUGGUGAAACAUGGCUAAGGGAAUAUGGAGAUUUCUCUAGGUGUUACCUCUAUGGAGUGAGUUGUGGUGGGAAUGUAGCUUUUAAUACUGCACUUAAACUACUCGAUAGAGAAAUAAAGCCAUUACGUAUCAAUGGGAUCAUAAUGAAUCAACCUUUAUUUGGUGGGAAAACGAGGACAAAAUCAGAAAUGAGGCUAGCUGCGGACACAUUUUUUCCAUUGCCAGUAAUUGAUACGUUAUGGGAUUUGGCAUUGCCAGAAGGGGCAGAUAGGGAUCAUAGGUUUUGUAAUCCAAUGGUGGAUGGGUCAUAUAGGGACAAGAUCAAGAAACUUGGGAGGUGUUUGGUGAUUGGAUUUGGAGGGGACCCUUUGGUUGAUAGGCAACAAGAUUUUGUGCAGAUGUUAGUUAAGGAAGGGGUUAUGGUGGAAGCUAGAUUUGAUGAUGUUGGAUUCCAUGGAAUUGAUAUGGUUGAUAGUAGAAGAGCUGCUGCUAUUGUUAACUUCAUUAAGGAGUUUGUUUGAUCAUCCUUAAUUUGAUUUGAUGCCGGAACAUUUCACUAAGCUCCUGACAUGUGUGGGGUACGAAAAUAAUUGGACCACACGUUGAUUAAUUAGUUUGUUGUAUGCCGUGAUAUUAUUUACUUACUACUAGUAUCUAUGUAGAGGUUCAUUUUAUGUAAGAUGUUUUUACGGCGUCAACUAACUCCUGACGCAAGAUUUGAUAAGUCUUAGUUAAUGUUAAAUUAGGAAAUGGUAUAACUGGAAGUUGGUUAUACAAUUGAUCUACUUUAUUUAUGUAUCUGUAUCUAUUGAUAUAUCUUAUUUACAUAGAAUAUAUCUUAUUUA